AUGAAUAUUAGGAAUUGCGUUGUACAUUGGCGGAGAUUCAAAACAAUAUGCACUUCCUGGUCUGUAGACAACCAGACCGAGACGUACGAAGUCCGUGCCGCAGCAUGUCGCGCGCUUCUAGCCGUGACAGCGCACAAAUGCGUCCGAUUAUCCCUCGCCGCGACUAAGGACUGUCUACACAACUUACUAAUGACUUUAAUGCCAUUCGCAGAGGAUGAAGAAGAAGAGAUCUGUAUGGUGGCGCGUGCGCAAGCUAUGUCGCUGCUCGCGUCGUUGCUUGCGGAGAAGGCAGCUAGCGACACCGUGUGGCAAGCACUGAAAGACACCCAUCAAACAGAUUUCUUCCAUUUACUUCUACAGAGCUUAGAGGUUGAUGAGAUUGAUCUCCAAGACGCAGCCCUAUACUGUCUCACGCAGUUGACACAAUCCAUGUCACAGAAGCGACACGCAGAUAAAACAAAAGACGAGACUUGUUCAGAGUUGUAUGACAAUCUCAAAUCGCCUCACUGGGAUGGAGCGCAGAUUGACAAGUGUGGUGGUGGGGAUAGCGCACGGAGUUACGACUGCCAACUGGAGUACUUGGCUGAAGAAAUAUUCAAAGCUCUGCUUAAUAUGUACAAGAAAUUGGCGAUGGAGAACAAGAAACCUGAGUCUAGUGAAGAUGACCGAUGGAUCCGCGUAUGUUCAUGCUUAGCGUCCGUACUAUCAGUGAGUGAUCGCAGUCGCCAAUAUGCGGUACAUCGACAUCUACCUCGAAUACUGCUGACCACCUUGCAGGCUGUCAGGGACCAUCUCUCCAUGCAUGGGAAACCUGCUGAUGUCAUCAAAACUGCGAAUAAUAAUCCAGUGCUACAAACAUUAUACUGGCUUCUGGUGGUAAUGGACUGCUUGAUGCUGGAGUGUCCCGCGGCCAAGGAGAGCUUCGCGGACGACAACCUGACAGUCUCGCUCUGCAGACUGUGGCCCUGGUGUAUGAUGACUGAACAGUUACGACUGGCCGUCAUGCAUCUCUUGUAUACGUUUACUAAUAAUUGUCCUAAAGCAUGGGGCGGUAUGUGUGCUUGCGUGGGCGGGCGCAGUGUAGUGUUGGAGGUGUGUAAUCUGUGUACGCGCGAGGCCCAGCUGGCGGGCCGCGCGCGCGCCCCCGCGCUGCUACUGCACUGUCUGCAUACAUUGCGCCGGGUACUGCCGCACCAUCACUGCAGGACUAUACUGCUUAAGAGCGAAGUGCUAUCGAGUAUGUACCGGCUAUGUAUCCGCGAGCGGGUGCGUGGCGCGGGUGCGGGCGGCGCGUGCUGGCGCGGCUGUGCGAGCGGGCGGCGCGCACGGCGGAGGGCGCGGCCGCACUGCUGGCGCUGCCGGCCGCCGCCGCGCCGCUGGCCGCGCUGCCCGCCGCGGUGCGGGCCGGACUCAUGCCUGCUAUCGCUCAUUCCGCGCACCAUCAACGUAUCACGUUCUUACAAUCACCGGACCUAUUGGAACUGCUCUCUGGCACUCUGCUGGCUGGAGACACUGCGGAGAUCGUGUCAGCUUCGCGAGCAGUUUGGGCUUUAG